CACAUAGUUUACCUCUCCUUUAUCAUACUUUAGUAGCCUGUUAGCAUGCGGAAGGUUUGUCUGGGGCUUAUACAACUGGGAUACAAACACGCGCCAAAUUCGUUCUGCAGCAAGAGCGCACUAUUGAUAAUGUGAUUAGAGGCGAUGAAUAGAGCUGUUGUGGUGCAACUGAGAAAUUCCAAUCAUGAGUGAAGAAAUGGAAGCUGUCAAGACAGAGGAUCUUCCUUUGGAUGGAAAUUCAAUAAAAAAAGGAGAGGAGGAUGACAAGAAGAAGAAGAAAAAGAAGAAGAGUGCAUCUGAUGAUGCAAAGCAGGAUGAAUCAGAAGAACCUAAACCUAAAAUCAGGUCUAAACCCAAAUUGUUUGAACCUGAAAUUCUUGAAGGAAAACGGGAGAAAAAAAUCAUCCAGAGACUUGAUUUGAUGAGCAAACCGAAGGAAAAGCCAAAGAUUGAGAGCACAGGAAGAGGUGCCAAACUGGGAGACAUUGUACGGAUUAAUCACUCCAUCGGAAAGCUUAAAGCGCCUCUUCUCAAACCUCUGCAUAAGAUUGUUUAUGAUCGCCCGGGAACUGCAUCAACACUGCGGAAAAAUCUUAGGCUGUUUAAUGGAUUUCCUUUUGGGGAGGAAAGUGACCUUUACAACAAAAAAAUGGAGAAGGUGAAAAGGCUUCACAAGGAACAACUCAAAACCAUUUGUCUGACUCUUGAUCUGGAGAGGUCUGGAACGCAAAUUGUUCUUUCAGAGAGGAUCAUGAAAUUUCUCGUACAUCCAACCAACUCAGGAAAGCCUAUCCUAAAGAAGAAAAAGAAGUCGACCAAAGAUGCCAAAAGAGAAAAGUCUUCAUCCAAAAGUAAAAAAACACAGAAAAAAGUAGAAAGUGGGAAGUCCAAACCUAUUGUCACUGAUUCCAGUAGUGAUGAUGAUGAUGAUGACGACAAUGAUGAAGAGGGUAAAGAGAACAGUAAGGACACUGAGAAGUCUGUGACAGAAAGUCAAAAAAAUAAAGACAGUGGAGAUAAAUCAUCUGACAAAGAGGAAGAUGAGGAUGAUGAUGAUGCUCCUGAAGAGGACAGGAAGAAGGAAGAAAAAACUCCUCCUCAGAAGAAAUCUUCAACCACAAAGUCCACAAAGAAUUCUGAAAUGUCAGAACAGACUGCAUCAGAUGAAAGUGACCAAGACGUUCAUGAAGACAAUGCAAAAAAGACAAAAAAGCCUGCAGCAAAGAGGAAAUCUCCAGCAAAGCCUGUCCCUAAAACCAAGAAAGCUGACAGCAGCAGCAACCGAGGGGGAAAAAAAGCAAGCAAGAGCAAGGAUGAAAGUGAAAGCUCUGAUGAUGAUCAGCCGUUGAUCAAGAUGAUUAAAAAACCACCAACUGAAGAACAGUUGGAGGCGGCAAUCAAGGAUCUGUUGAAAGAUGCCAACUUGGAGGAAGUUACAAUGAAGCAGAUUACCCGACAAGUUUAUGAGAAGUAUCCUGACUUUGAUCUGACCAGCAGAAAGGAAUUCAUCAAGGAAACAGUUAAAGGUUUGGUAUCCUGAAGUGAAGAAGAUGCCUUAUUUACAAAGACAGCGAGGGUGAAGAUCGUGUAGAAAACUCGAUUUUCACUACACUGUUCACUGUUAUUUUAUAUAAGGCUCUCAACUUUCCAGCAAAUUCUGCUUUUUUGUAUUUUAAAAAGUAUUUUCUAACAUUUAAAAUUUUCAUGUUUGACAGUAAAUGAUCUGGAUGGUUUUAGUUGUUGAAAUAUGCCACAUUUCUAAAGCGACCCUUUUCCCAUCUUAUUUUAAUGGCACAUAGCCAUACAUAGUACCUAUAUUGCAUUUUGACAGUCACAUUUGAAUGCCUUGGCUGUGUCAGUAAGCCCACAAGUUACCAUGUCAUGCAGCUGCAUUACUGUUGUCAUGACGAUGCCAAGAUAUUGUAUGCAAUAUUUAGGAAGAUUCGAUUGGUUUCACCUGUUAUUAGUGCUGAGUUUCAUUUCUGAGGUCCUAAAUGCUGGAUGGAAAAAAGAAACUCAUUUAGAAAUGAAUGUUUUGGGCUGUUAUUGUAUUUCAACGUAAAACAUUUGGCAGUGUCAGCUUCCAUUUCAGUGUUGCGCUUAACAGAGGAAUUUGGGAUUUUAAUACUAAUUUGUAAAGAGCAAAAAGCAUUGAAUUUUUUUUUUUUUUUUAAUCUGUUUUACUCUCGUUUCCAUACACAUUU